AUGAUUGGAUUAACAAGACAAAUCGCCAAAACUGGUGUUCGUGGAUACUCGACCGUCGCCACCAGCGGCGCCAGAAAAGUCGGCACCUUCAGAGGCGGCUUUUUGGGCUUCUUGCUCGGGGUCACCGUCACCGGUGCCGGCUCGUACUACUACUUGAUUGACGAGUACAAGGUGGCCAACAACGUGAUUGUGGCCGACGUGGUCGCUUUGCAGAACUCCAUCAACAACUUGGAGAAGCAUGUCAAGUCAUUGGAGUCCAAGAAGUAG